UACACAGCUUUCACGACAGGCUCUAAUAAAAAUUGCUACAGCACUCCUAAACAUUCCGCCUCACAGUCAGCAAGAAAUUUGAAAUCUCCUCCAGCUAGUUAUGAAAACUUCCCUCAUCUGUUCUUAACUUCAGGUCUACGCUAUGAUAUCGCAAUGAAAACAACCCGCCUACCUUGGUGUAGUCGAUGAACUGUUGUAGUUUUAUACUACUGUUAUAUUCUCAGAUUCAGAAAAUUCUCUUAAUGAAGGAUGAUGGCAUUUUUUGUGUCUUAAGUAGCCAGAUAACUAGCUAACGUUAAUACUGGUUAACGCCAGAUUACUCCGUUAGCUAGCUUUAAUGCUGUAGCUAACCAAAUUAGCUGGUUAGCAAUAAAGAGUAAAAUGCAGAGGCUUUGCAUUUGAGACAUUUCGGCAGAUGCAGACAGAGUUUAGAUGAUAAUUUUAACGACCAUCAACUAAAUAUUGUUUUAAUGGAAUUCCCUUGCAGAGUUGAUUUGAUUAUUAUUUUCUGACUAGUAGAUAAACGAGUCCUUAUGGUUAGGGCUUGAACGAUGUUUACACUGAGAUGAACCAAGAGAGAAGAUGUUUGAAACAAGCUGACAGUCCCCGGAGAACUUCCCUGCAGUCUGGUGACUUUCCAGCUGAGCCCUGGCACAGUACCCCAGUAAAAAAGGAUGUGAGAUCUGAGGCUUUGGUAAGUAGGAGAGACAGGAUGGUUAGACAAGAGGAUGGUCCACUCCAGAGUCAGCUCCCGCACUCAACCUCUCUGCCUCUCACUCAGGGCAGUCAGAUGACUGUAUGUGAUCUGGAGAACAGCACCCUCUUGAGGCAGCGGCGGGAGCUGCAGCUCCUGAUGGCUGAGCUGAAGGACCGAGACCAGGAGCUGAACAACAUGGCCGCUGCCCACCACACGCAGCUGCUUGCCUGGCAGCAGGAUCGCCAGCAUGUACUGCUUCUGGAGGAGAGAUGUGCGCGCCUAGAGGAGGAGCUGCAGCAGCAGCAUGAGGUGUUGCGUGUGGUGGGUCGGCAGGCCCAGGCGUCCGAGCAUGUGCUGCUUCUGGAGGAGAGAUGUGCGCGCCUAGAGGAGGAGCUGCAGCAGCAGCAUGAGGUGUUGCGUGUGGUGGGUCGGCAGGCCCAGGCGUCCGAGGCCCAGGAGAUAAGCAGCCAGAGGGAGCUGAAUACCACCCAGCAACAGCUGCAGGGCCUCAGGCACACACAGCGGCACAGUAGCCAGCUGCAGCAAGAGUGGGAGGACAGGGAACAGACUAUGAACUCCACCAUCACACUGCUGUCAAGCCAGGUUGGCCAGCUGAAAGCCAGAGAAGAGGAGCUGAGUGCCAUGCUCAAACUGAAGGACAAAGACGUCACGGAGGCCAUCACUCACAUUCAGGAACUCUCCGGUCGGCUCAGAAAGCUGGAGGACUCUCAGAGGGAGCUGAAGACUCGGGAAAGUAAGGCUCUGGCCGAGCUGGAAGAGGUGAAACGACUCUACCGUGAAGUUCGGCAUGAGAACACAAGGCUCAUAGAUGAACUCCAGGAGAAGACUCUAGAGAACAGCAACCAAAGGGAAGAGGUGAUUGGCCUGAAGCAGGAGGCUCAGCUGCUGAGGAGAGAUGUGCUGAUCUCAGGGGAGGUUGAGAGCUGGAAGGAUGAGAUGCUGGAACUGUCUCGCUCAAAGCAAGAGCGCACAGACGCAGAGCUGCGCUGCAUGAGACAGGUGUGUGAGAGUCAGCAGAAUGACAUGCAGCUCCUCAAGCUGAACCUGGAGAGUGCCCAGGAGGCCCUCAGACAACAGGAUGCUCAAAGGUCACAUGACAGCCAGAGGGAGUUGACGUGUUCCCCCCAACCAGCCAACCCCCUCUUAUGGACUUCAGUCAACCCAGGAGGCUCCCCCAGAGCCAUUUACCUUACACCAACAUCAUCCGAACAUGGUUUUCAGGAGGUGGACUGCUCCUCUACCAAACGUCUUCAGCGUCUCCUUGAAACAUCUCGGCAGAUGGUUGCUACUUUGGAAGACUUGUCUAUGGAAUCGAAAAGCCCCUCCCCACACACCACCCAUUCACAUACGUCAAUCCACUCCCACCUGUCAUCAAACAGUGCUGCCCCCAACCAUGACUCAGCAGGGACUCUCAAUGGUUGCUAUGACUACAGCAAUAGCCAAUACGGUGGUUCUGAAGAUGACUCGCAGAACUCUGCUCAUCAUUCCAGCAGGAAAACAACAAAGCCUCAUCCUCAUCUCAACAAGACUGGUCCAUCCAAGUCUACAGAGGACACAAGCCAAUAGUGCCCCCUUUUGGAGUGUUUGUUACUGCCAUAGCCAAACCUGCACUCCUUGGGAGCCCUAAGAGACCCGUGGGCUGCUGCCCUUUACCACACUUCAGCCUCCUUGCCAGAUAAGCAAGGCUCCAGCACAGUCGAAUAAAUGCCAAGUUAUUUUUAACUUCCAUAGACAUAUAGUCAUAUACCCCUGAUUAAAGUGAGGGACAUUUUAAACGACUAUGUUCUGUGUUUUUAGAAUGGUAUGUUUUUACAUGGCUCAGGCAUUUUAUGAUUAAGAUUAUCUAUUGAUUAUCUAUCGUUUUACGGUCUCAGCUCCACACAUCCUUUCAGAUUACAGAAAUAACAGUGUUAAAACCCAAAGAUGUAAACUACCUGGUUUAUAUUUGUAAAUAUACAUUUGUACAUAUUUGUUUAUAUGCGAAAUACAUACGACCUCAUUCAAAA